AUGGGCUUUCGCCCAACAUUUUGGCACCAUAAUGGGAAGCAAACAGAAUACGAAGUUGGAGAUGAAUGUCUUUCUCGAGUACCAUAUGCUUCUAUCAUUGCAACAUCAAUGUGUGGAAUUGGUGUAAUUCUUUUUACACUCGUUAUGACAUGGGCAUUCAAUGCAUCCGUAGAGCAGGCUCGUCGAACACUGAAUGUGGAGAACAUACCAUGGCUUGAUAAAAUGCAAGUACUCUUUGUUUGUGUUGCGAUGUUGAUGGCAAUAGCAGCUAUUAUAUUGCUUGUCAUUGCUACUAUGAGUACAGGUUCUACAAGAAAAGAGCUUUAUAGAGGAGUGCGUGGCCGUAUGGGAGGAAAAUUGGCAAAUGCAUUUUCAUUGAUAACUGCAUAUUUGUUAAAUGCGUGCUGGCUUAUUUGUUUUGCAAUUGUAGUCACUUUGAAGCUUUGUGGCGGUGAUGUGCAGCAGUUCUGUGCUCUUUCAUGGAGUGCGUUUGCAUGGUAUUUGGUUAGUUUAAUUUCAUGCUUAAUAGUUAUCAAAGGACUGGAACAUUUUAUGAUAUGUAGUGCGGCAAAUUAUGCUCAUAUCAGCAGCGGAUUGAAAUAUCUCGAGCUGAGAGAGUUACUAUUCUCGGGUGAUGGUGAUGCAGUUAAAAAAGCUGAUUUACGGACAUCAGAUUACCAAAUGCAAUCGAGAGUUGGAAACAUUUCGUCACCGGAUUAUGGACCUCUCAAAUCUUACUUAGCCUAA